AUGACUCUCCUGGCGACCGCGUCGGCCGACAACGCAAUCAAUAUCUACUCUGUCCCGUCUACCCCAACACCGGACACACCUCUAAAACACAUACGCACGUUACGCGCACAUUUAGCAGGAGUGAACGCAAUAGCCUGGUCUCCGGUGGGACCACCGUACACUCUUGCCUCAGCCGGCGACGACAAAUCGAUCCUCCUCUGGGCCCCGCUCUCAUCGGACUUCCCAAUCGCGCCCUCACCAUUCAUGGGCCAUAGCAACUAUGUCUAUUCCCUUGCCUUCUCUCCCAAGGGGAACAUGCUCGUUUCUGGCUCCUUCGAUGAAGCAGUAUUCCUAUGGGAUGUGCGCUCUGGACGCGUGAUGCGCAGUCUACCGGCACACUCGGACCCCGUCGGCGGCGUGGACUUCAUAAGAGACGGGACAAUGGUUUGUUCCUGCGCCGGGGACGGAUUGAUUCGGAUAUGGGACUCUGGGACGGGACAGUGUCUCAAGACCCUGGUCGACGAGGACCGCAAGGCCGUCACGAGCGUCAGAUUUUCGCCGAACGGUAAAUUUGUGCUCGCGUGGACCCUGGACAACUGCGUUAGGCUGUGGAACUACAUCGAAGGGCGAUGUGUCAAGACGUAUCAAGGCCACGUGAACAUGGAGUACAGCCUGAGCGGCACCGUGGGGAGUUACUCGUACAGCACUGGAACCGGACAGAAGCGGCGGGCAGCAUUCGUCGCCAGCGGCAGCGAAGACGGCGACGUGCUGGUGUGGGACGUGACGAGCAAAGAAGUCCUCUGGCGCGGCAAGGGACACCGCGAUGUCGUGCUGGCCAUGGACUUUGGCCGCACCGCCGACGGCAAGGGUCUGCUCGUGAGCGGGGGCAAGGACCGCGACCUGCGCAUCUGGAUGCUCGAAGGCGACGAUGCCGAGGCCGAUUCCGACUUCUUCUUCACCACGCACGGCAAGCAGGGCUUGGGCCCGCAAGACCACAAUGACACAGCCAUGGCUAUGGACAUGGAUAUGGACAUGCAGAUGACCAUGGACAUGGGCGAUGUGGUCGAUGGGCCGACCUCGCGCGGCAAUCACAACGACAUGCACGGCGCUGAUGCCUCCGCAGGGGCAGUGGCGGCUAACGGGAACGAAAUGGAAAUGGACGUUGAUGCUGGUGCUGGACCUUCCAUCUGA